AUGGUUCGAGAGAAAAUAAGAGUAUCUACUCGGACACUGCAGUGGAAAUGUGUUGAAUCAAGAACAGAUAGUAAAUGUCUUUAUUAUGGACGCUUUAUUCUCUCUCCACUUAUGAAAGGCCAAGCUGAUACAAUAGGCAUCGCGAUGCGAAGAGCGUUACUUGGCGAAAUAGAAGGAACAUGUAUCACACGUGCAAAAUUUGAUAAAAUACCGCACGAAUACUCUAACAUAGUAGGUAUUCAAGAAUCAGUACACGAAAUUUUACUGAAUUUGAAAGAAAUAGUAUUGAGAAGUAAUCUAUAUGGAACUUGCGAAGCGUCUAUUUGUGUUAGGGGCCCCAGAUGUGUAACUGCUCAAGAUAUCAUCUUGCCCCCUUAUGUAGAAAUAGUUGACAAUACACAGCAUAUAGCUAGCUUGACGGAACCAAUUGAUUUGUGUAUUGGAUUACAACUCGAGAGAAAUCGCGGAUAUCAGAUAAAAGCGCAAAAUAACUUUCAAGAUGGAAGUUAUCCUAUAGAUGCUCUAUUCAUGCCUAUUCGAAAUGUGAAUCAUAGUAUUCAUUCUUAUGGAAAUGGGAAUGAAAAACAAGAGAUACUUUUUCUCGAAAUAUGGACAAACGGCAGUUUAACCCCGAAAGAAGCACUUUAUGAAGCCUCCCGGAAUUUAAUUGAUUUAUUUAUUCCCUUUCUACAUGCAGAAGAAGAAAACUUAUAUUUAGAGGACAAUCAACACAAAAUUUCUUUACCCCUUUUUACCUUUCACAAUAGAUUGGCUGAAAUAAGGAAAAACAAAAAAAAAAUAGCAUUGAAAUAUAUUUUUAUUGACCAAUUAGAAUUGCCACCUAGGAUCUACAAUUGCCUCAAAAAAUCCAAUAUACAUACAUUAUUGGACCUUUUGAAUAACAGUCAAGAAGAUCUUAUUAAAAUGGCGGAUUUUCAUAUAGAAGAUAUAAAACAAAUAUUUGGCACUUUAGAAAAACAUUUCGUAAUUGAUUUAAAAAAAAAAAAAUGACAAAAAAUUGAUUGAAUUUUCCAGACUGGAUCAAAAAAUGAAUUCAAUACAAAAUUCAAUUGAAUAGAUGUAUCUAGGGAAAAUUCACUUUGAAGCGACUAUUCCCUAGAUACAGACCUUGUGUUAUUUCACAAUUGAAUCAAUUUAAAAAAGACCUAAAGUUAGGGAUUUAUCAAUGGGUAAUGUUGCUCCAAUACCUAACCAAAGGGCUACUACAGUACCAACCAAAAAAACAGUUGUAGCUACUGGACGACGAAAUGGGUUUUGGAAUUUAUUCACAUUCUCUAAAAAAGGAACUGUUAGUAAUCCCGCAGGUACUGAAACCAUUAAAAGAACGCCUAAUAACUUAUUUGGUACUGUACGAAGUAUUUGAAAUACAGGAAAGAAAUA